CGUGUCAGAGUUGAAAAAUGCACGCGUCGACGAACGCGUCUUCUUCUGUGUGCAUACCGCGUCAUCCAAGCUUUACUACGCUACCUAUAUAAACUCACAAGAUCCCAAUUUCUUCUCCUAAUUUCUCAAUUUCUUCUUCUUCAAUUUCAAUUCGAUUACAAAAGAUGGGUGGUGGGAAGGAUAAGCAUGAUGAAGGUGACAAAGGACUUUUCACAAACCUUGCCCAGGGCUUUGCUCAUGGAGGAGGACAUGGUUACCCUCCACAACAAGGGUACCCUCCACAACAAGGGUACCCUCCACAAGGUUACCCUCCACAACAGGGGUACCCUCCACAAGGUUACCCUCCACAACAUGGGUACCCUCCACAACAGGGAUAUCCUCCACAGGGAUACCCUCCACAACAGGGAUACCCUCCAGCUGGUUAUCCUCCUCAACAUGCAUCAGGAUCUCAUGGUGGCGGACAUGGCGCUAUGGGGGCAGUGCUUGCAGGGGGUGCUGCAGCCGCUGCCGCUGCAUAUGGCGCUCACCAACUUUCCCAUGGCUCUCAUGGUGCUCACGGCGCUCACGGCGGCUAUGCGCAUGGUGGCGGCUAUGGAUAUGGUAUGCCCCAUGGUGGCAAGUUCAAGCACGGCAAACAUGGCAAGUUCAAGCAUCAUGGUGGCAAGUUCAAGCACGGCAAACACGGCAAACAUGGUAUGUUUGGCGGAAAGUUCAAGAAGUGGAAAUGAAGAAUGUAUAAUCAUGAUACACACUACUAAUCGCUUGCUGCUGCCUAAUGCUUGUGUUGUUAAUAUAUAAAUAAAACCAUUACAUGGUAUGAUGUUUACUGAAUCCAUCAUCUUUUAUUGGUUGACCCUUUUUCAUUUUUUCCCCCGGAUAUAUCUGUACUUUCUUUUGGCUAUGACAAGACAAUGAUCGCUGAUUACCUUCCUGAAUUUCAUUAGAACAACACAAUGAUUGCUGAUAAUAUGGGGAUCCUUGAGGUUUUUUAUUGAUUUAUGCCUUUCUUGGCAGCAAGAAGCAAUAGAUUGAUUAGCAUGUUCCUUUGUUA